GUAUCAUUGAUGGAAGCUAAUGAAGUAGUAGGCUCUCUAGAAUCUAUGUAUAAUGCUUUAGUAAUAAAAAACUAUUAUUUACCUGAAUUUAACUCCUUGGCAAUAACUUGUGAAUAUCUACUUAAUGUUGCCCUAAACAAAUGUUUCCGUAUCAAAAUUAGUCAAAUUAAAAUUGGAUAAAUAUUGAAGAAGGUGCCAAAACUAAAAUUAUUCUAAGAGUUAGAUAUGAAGCUCUAAGGGAAAAAAAUAAACAUAGGUUUUACAAUUGAUAAAUUGCCAGACAAAAAAUGGCUUAUAAAUGUACUUCACACUUUGGAUUAAAAUAAUGAGGUGUUUAAAUAUUUUGUGGAGCACGACAAAGUAAUUGGAUUGACAAAAGAUGAUUUAGAGUAAUCAAUUUAUAUUUUUUAGGUAAUUGAAAUAAUAUGAUACAUUCAUUGGGAGAAAAAAAAUCUUAAAUUUUUAAGAGAACCCAUUAAUAGGUUGCUGACAAAAAAUAAUGGCAAACUAAAUAAAAAUUGGCCAAUGUUAAAUCAAAACUUU